AUGGCUCCCUCAGCUCUCGCAGAUAUCUAUCCAAUCCCAGCGAGGCACUACUCUAAGUCAUCGACUGUAGUAGCUUCGGUCCUACACGGGCCAAGGGAUUUGCGGCUGGAAACUCGAACCAUUACUGACCCUGCCGCCAAUGAACUCCAGAUCGCUAUCAAGGCUACUGGGUUGUGCGGGAGCGAUUGUUCCUACUACAGCAAGUUCUGCAACGGGGACCUGCAGGCUUGUGAGCCGCUAUCCUUGGGCCACGAGUCUGCCGGAAUUGUGGUCGCCAUAGGCCAGAGUGUCACCGGUUACCAGAUUGGCGACCGCGUUGCUCUGGAGGUAGGUGUGCCGUGCGACAACUGCAGGUCAUGCCAGCGCGGACGCUAUAACCUGUGCCCGAAGAUGAGGUUCCGGAGUAGCGCCAAAUCGGUACCUCACUUCCAAGGAACGCUUCAGGAACGCAUCAACCAUCCUGCAAAAUGGUGCCACAAACUACCUGCUCAUGUGUCCAUGGAAUCGGCUGCGCUUCUAGAGCCUCUUUCUGUUGCUAUACAUGCAACAAGAAGAGCCCAAAUCGAGCAGGGUGACACGGCCAUUGUUUUUGGUGCAGGCACGGUCGGUCUUCUUACAGCUGCGAUGGCCAAGGUGUCUGGCGCCACAACCGUCGUCAUCGCAGACAUCGAUUAUGGACGUAUAAACUACGCCUUGGCAAACGGCUUCGCGCACAAAGGUUACAUUGUGACCCCACACAAUGCGACCGAGACUGCCGAAAAGUUCGCGGUAGCUAAGGAGUUGGCUGCGGAUGUCAUGCAGAUUGCUUCGCAGAAUGAGAUCGAUUUCGAAGGUGCUGACGUUACCUUUGACUGCACUGGAAAGGAGAUUUGUAUGCAGGCUGGGUUAUACGCGACAAGGCCUGGUGGGAAGCUCAUCAUGGUUGGAAUGGGCACGCCAAUCCAAACACUGCCCAUGUCGGCAUCUCAUCUAAAAGAAGUCGACAUCCUGGGAAUCUUCCGUUACGCCAACACCUACCCAACCGGCAUCAAGAUCUUAUCUGCUGGUGUACUUCCAAGUCUCGACAAUAUGAUCACUCACAGGUAUCAUGGAUUGGCAUCGACAAAGGAAGCCUUCGAGCUCGCAGGCAAGACAGUCGACAAGGAUGGCAAGCUCGUCCUCAAAGUUCUUGUUGAGAUGUAG